AUGGGUUUCUUUGGAAAGAAAGAUCCGUCUGGUGACGAGAUCAAAGAGGUUCCAAUACUGAGCGACCCGGAGAAGCAGCAGCCGGUCCACCACGAUGACGUGCAGACCGCUCUUCCUCAAAUUCCCCAGGCGGUGGUACACAUUGACCCUGCUGUUGAAGCGCGCAUCUUAAAGAAACUCGAUCUAAGAGUGCCCACUCUCAUGGGAUUUUUAUACCUCCUUUCUCUUCUUGAUCGAAGCAAUAUUGGAAAUGCGAAGAUCGCAGGGAUGAAGGAUGAUUUGGACCUCUCCGGAAAUCGCUAUGCCUGGCUCCUAACGAUCUUCUACAUCUCCUAUGUCAUAUUCGAGUUUGGGGCAUUCAUGUGGAAGAUCAUGCCGCCCCAUCGAUGGGCAGCCAUUACUGUCCUGUCCUGGGGUAUUGUGGCGACAUGUCAGGCCGCGGUCCAGAACUGGGAGGGACUCAUGGCUUUGCGCUUCCUGCUCGGCAUGUCAGAGGCUGCCUUUGGCCCCGGAACGCCAUAUUUACUGUCUUUCUUCUAUCGCCGUCAUGAGCUUGGCUUCCGUUGUGGAUUAUUCGUGUCAGCCGCCCCUCUGGCGAACACAUUUGCCGGUGCCCUUGCGUAUGGAAUUACUUCGGGUCAUUCCAAGUUAGCGAACUGGCGGUUGCUAUUUCUGGUGGAGGGCAGCCCGUCAUUGCUGGCUGCUAUCCUAGCCUGGCGAUUUCUACCCGACAGCCCGUCCAAAGCCCGGUUUUUGACCGAAGAAGAGAAGGAGGUCGCGCGAGCAAGAAGUCUUCAGCAGAGUGGCGAACGCGAACGGUCGACCAAGAUCAAUUGGAGAGAGUUGGCUGAAACACUAAUGGAUGCUAAAGCAUGGCUAACCGCGUUGAUGUACUUCAGCUGCAACGUGAGCUUUUCUUCGCUUCCGGUGUUCCUUCCCACCAUCCUGAAGGAUAUGGGGUUCACUUCGAUCAACGCCCAAGGGCUUACGGCUCCGCCCUACUUUGCUUCGUUCCUGGUCACAAUUGCCACCACCUGGAUCGCUGAUCGGCUGCAACAGCGUGGCUUGAUGCUGGUCAUCCUGUCUCUGAUCGGAGCUAUUGGCUACGUUCUCCUUGCUACCUGCACAUCUGUGGGCGCGCGUUACGCUGGGGUGUUCCUCGCUGCUAUCGGUGUUUUCCCUUGUAUCGCGAAUAUUCUCCCAUGGGUUCUGAAUAACCAAGGCUCGGAUUCACGCCGCGGCAUGGGUAUUGUCAUCCUCAAUGUCAUUGGCCAAUGCGGACCCUUCCUGGGCACAAACGUCUUCCCAGAAAGCGACGGACCGCGCUACAUCCGCGGACAGUCCAUUUGCGCCGCCUUCAUGUUCUUCACCAUGAUUCUCGCGCUCACUCUCCGAACCCUUCUAGUCUGGGAGAACCGCCGCUUAGACAAGCAACAUGGCACACAGGCCGAGAGGGAGGCACGGGGGUGGAGUAAAGGAGAAAACGUCGCCGAAGAGAAUUACGGAGCUGGAUUCCGGUACGUGCUAUAG